AUGCAAGCAAAUCUGCCACUGGUAGAAGGUUCAAUCGGCUAUAAGGCGUAUAUCUCGCCUUUAUCGUUAAGUUUCUCAUGUUAUUUGUUUAAUGUCACGAAUCCCGACGAAAUAAUGCGCGGAGAAAAGCCGAAUCUGGUCGAACAUGGACCUUACGUAUACAACGAGAACUUCCAAAGAUAUGUGCAAGAAAUAGACGAGGAAAUGGACGAAAUAACAUACGUUACAAGAACAAUGUACACUUUCAACAAGGAAAAAAGCGUGAAAGAAUCUAGUCGCGAUAAAGUCACGAUACUAAAUCCGUUAUACGUGGGCUUCGUGAACGCGCUAUCGGGCCUACCUCCAAAUUUUAUGCAACAAUACGGAAAUCACUUGCCCAAAUUAUUUCCAAAUCGCAGUAGUAUAUUUAUGAAGGCUCGCGGCACCGACAUACUCUUCAACGGAGUAAAGGUAACAUGCAACAGAGUCAAGUAUCCUGACUUGAAGCUCAUAUGCAUGCAGUUGGCGAGUAGUAAACGGCCACCGGUCUUACGAGCGACCGACGAAGACGAUGUCUAUCUGUUCAGUUUGUUCCAAAAGACAAACGAUACCAUCCGUGGGCCAUACACCGUUAACAGAGGUUUCAAAAAUCUAAGUCUACUCGGCGACACAACUUCUUUCAUGGGAGAAAGAGAGCAAGAACUAUGGCCAGAACCGUGUAAUAAAGUCCAAGGGAGAGACAGCAUCACUUGGGCGCCAUUGCUGAAACGAUUAUCUUACGUUACAAUGUUUUCGCCGGAUCUAUGCAGGAGUAUAGAAGCUGAUUACGACAGGGAUGUUACUAUACAUGGCAUGAUAGGAUGGAAAUAUACCGUGCAGGAACGCGUGUGGUAUCUGAACAAUUCGCAGUGUUACUGUCCAAUAAAGAAUGAUUCAGUAAAAUGCCUGCAAGAGGGCUUGUACGAUGCGACCGAAUGCCAGCAGUCCAUCGUCUAUUAUCUUGCGAUCUCCGUGAUUUAUACUUUGCAGAAAGCACCUAUAAUAGUUUCGGAACCGCAUUUUCUUCACGGUGACCCGAAACUUCUCGCAUAUGCCGGCGGUUUGAAACCUGUCGAAGAACUUCAUUCGAUGUAUGUUGUCAUCGAACCAUACACUGGAUUUCCCCUCGAGGGUGUGAAGAAGUCACAACUGAACGUGGAGUUGGUUAAACAACCGCUCGAUCUUCUCGCGAACGUCAGCGAAGGCACUUUUCCUCUGGUGUGGUUCUCGAGUGGAACCACGUCAACGUUUAAAGUAGCAUCGCAAGCGUAUCAAACAAUCCGGCUGUUAAAUCUCUUUCACUUUCUGCAACUGAUGCCCUUGAUAGUAGGGAUUUACAUGGUUCUGGUCGGUCUACUUUUGUACAAUGGGACGUGGGGCAAAGUGGAAUCGACGGAGACCACAGGCGAACCGAUAUUAAUAUCGUCGAACUCGCAAUUGUACGACAGAUCCCGUGGGCCUUCGCGACGGCCCGUACACGUGUUCGAGAGAUUUCAACGCGUGUACCCUUCCUCGUAG